AGACGUGUUCCCUUUAUUCGCUCGAAACCACGAAAGAAUUCGCGAAGUCCGACCAGUGAAAAAUUCCCCCGAACAUUUUGGUCCUAUCGGAACCGGAUAAGGACAUUUCGCGAUUCGGAAGUGACUCGGUUACGCGGAUCGGUCGCGAGUGCAAGAAAAGUUCUCGGAUUUGCAUCACGUGCAAAAGCGUGCCGCCAUUUUGUACCGUCGCGUCGGUGGUGUGCACAAAAGAGACGUGUGGAAGAAGUGCGAGGCUUCUAGAAGCACGAAAAGUAAAUCUGCACCGUGUGCGGAAAUUGUCCCGGAUCGGCGCUACGCCACCGGACGCAUAAAAAGUGAAGUGUUUAAGACGCACCAAGUCGCCAAGCGGUCGUUUUCUCCCAGAUUGGCGCCGCGCCAUUGGUAGGAAAAAGUGAAGAAUUGAAGUGUCGCACCAAGUGCGGUUUGAUCGCCACGCGGUCGAGUGUCCCGGACUGGCGCUUCGCCACCGGAAGUGAAAAGAGAAAAAGCUCCGUGCUUGCGAGUUCGUCGAGCGAAAGAAGAGAGGAAAAGCUCCGUGCUUGCGAGUUCGUCGAGCGAAAGAAAAAAAAAGUGUGAGGUUAUACGUAACCUAAAGUGAGAGUGCAAAUGAAGAAAAAGCUAAAUGAGUGAACAACAAAAGAAAGUAAAAGAAGAAAUCAGUGCUACUCCAAGAGUAACGAGAAGUGUAACAAGGAAAAAUCUGCUAGCGGCGUUAACGGGAUCGGGCGCCGAUCGUGAGGACGCUGUCACGACAGUUGAAAAAGCUGUACAGUUUCCAGAGCCGUUGCUACCUGCCGGAAGCGCCGUGCUGAGUAUUGCCGAACAAAAGGAGUUGGAUCGGCUGAAAAAGGAACGGGAAAAAAUGGAGCGCAACUUGGAGAACCUGAGCGAUCGUGUGGACACGAUUAAGCAGAAGUUGUUCCGCAUGAAGGAGGCGCUCGGGACGAUGGACAAUGUGCACUACCUCAACCUCCAGUUGCAAACACUGCAGCGCUGCAACGAGGAAUUCGACACGCUGCACAGCGAAAUCGUCGCUCUCGUCAAGAAGGAAGACAAAGUUAAGUGGAACCAGGAGUACCUGAACUUCGAAGCCCUACACGGUGAGUUGUACGUGAACGUGCAGACAAAGAUCGCCAAUCUCCAGAAAGCUGAUUCGAACCGGGCUUUGACAUUGAACGCCAGCGCGUCAGAGUUCCUCCCGAGAACGCAAGUAGUACAAAACGUCCCCCACCUGAACGUGCCGUUGCCUUCCUUCGACGGAGCCCCAGAGAAUUGGUACGCAUUCAAAUGCAUGUUCCAAACAGUGAUGGGUCGGUACCCCAACGAAUCGCCAGCGAUUAAACUGUACCACCUGAAAAACUCUCUGGUAGGGCGCGCUGCGGGCAAGAUUGAUCAAGACGUGAUCAAUAAUAACGACUACGAGUCGGCAUGGCAACUGUUGGAAGACACAUACGAAGACGAGCGCCUAAUCAUCGAUACCCACAUCGAUGCGUUGCUGGAUCUUCCAAAGCUGACACGAGAGAACGGUGACGAGAUGCGAAAACUGGUGGAGACUUGCACGAAGCAUGUGGACGCCCUCAAGAAUCGUGAACUGCCGGUGGAGGGCCUGUCGGAGAUGAUUCUCGUCAACCUGAUCAGCAAGCGAUUGGAUCGAGAGAGCCGAAAGCUGUGGGAGACGUCGCUAGUUCGUGGGGAUCUUCCGUCUUUCGAUGACCUAAUCGACUUCCUCAAGGAUCGGAGCCGAGUUCUCCAAAGGUUGCCGAGCAACGCCAGCACGAGCCAGUCACAAGCGGCACCGAGAGCCCCUGGUCAGCAGCAGGUAGUGGCGAAGCUGUUCGUGCAAACCAACAAGGAGUCUUGUCCGUGCUGUUCGAGCUCGCACCCCGUCUUCAAGUGUCCCGAGUUCAGGAAGCUGCCUGUUGGUGAGCGGUUUGAGAAGGUGAAGAAGGCAGGUAUGUGCUACAACUGUCUUAAACCUCAACAUCGUGCCGACGCCUGCGCAUCGACUCAGCACUGUAAGACCUGUGGCAAGCCGCACCACAGCCUCCUCCACAGCGAGCGCCCCGAUAAUCCCAAGAAGCAUACCGAACCAGACCAGCCGAAGAACCCAGUGGACGCAGAGAAGCAAGAAGAAACACCAGCUGCUCCCGAGCAGCGCACAGUGAGUUGCUGCACGCAAACGCAAGCGGCCCAGAAGCAGAUCUUCCUGUCUACUGCGAAAAUCGUGGUGUUUGGUUCCGGCAAUGCGACUACGACCUGUAGAGCGUUGCUUGACUGCUGUUCCGAGUCCAACAUCAUCACGGAGAGGUUGGCCAGAAAGCUGAACAUGCAGAUGCUGGAGAUGAAACCCCCGAUCACGAUCUGCGGACUGAACGGGAUGAAAACGACGGCGAACAAGAUCGUCCAGACGAAGGUGUCGUCGCGAGUCGGCGAUUUCACUGCCGUGCUCGACUUCAUCGUAACGCCCUCGAUCACCGAGUUACCAACAGGUAAGGUAGAAACCCAUACUUGGCCCCUCCCUGCUGGCAUUGAGCUAGCUGACCCCACAUUCAAUGUUCCUGACGACGUCGACGUGAUAAUCGGCGCUGAGCUGUUCUACGACGUCCUGAAGAAGGGACGUGUGAAGAUCGGCGGUGACUUCCCGACACUAGCCGAAACAGCAUUCGGGUGGGUCGUCAGCGGUCCUGCGCGGACCAAGCUACCAGCUGGGCAGAGAAGAGUCUGCCAACUGGCCACCACGUUCGAGGACGUCAACCGUACUCUCUCCAAGUUUUGGGAGUUGGAGUCAGGGUACUUCUCCAGCAAGAUGACCGUGACGGAACGUGCGGUGGAGAAGCAUUUCGAGGAGACGCACAGCCGCAACGCCGAAGGACGGUACGUUGUCCGACUACCGUUCAACGAACUCAAGAGUCAACUGGGCGACUCGUACGAGAACGCCAAGCGUCGAUUUGGGAGGCUGAUGGUUGGCCUUACCAAGAACCCAUCCAAGCGAGAAGCCUACACGCAGUUCAUGAAGGAGUACGUGGCGUUGGGCCACAUGAAGGAAGUGAACCACAGCCCGGAGGAGGGCUACUUCCUACCGCACCACGCGGUCUACAAGGAGGCCAGCUCAACGACAAAGGUUCGAGUGGUCUUCGACGCCUCGGCGGCGACGACAACGGGCGUGUCCCUCAACGACACCCAGCUGGUGGGCCCGACGGUGCAGAGCGACCUGGUAACGAUCAUGCUGCGCUUCUGUACGCAUCAGGUAGUGCUCACAGCGGACGUACCUAAGAUGUACCGACAGGUACAAGUGCACCCUGACGAUCGAAAGUACCAGCGAAUUCUGUGGCUCAACGACGCAAACGAGAUGGCUACUUUUGAACUAGCAACAGUCACCUACGGCUGUUCGAGCGCGCCGUACCUCGCCACGAAGGCGUUGACGCAGCUGGCCUCGGACGAGGCGGACAAGUUCCCGAAAGCGGUUCGAGUAGUCAAGGAGGAUAGCUACAUCGACGACUUUCUCACCGGCGGAAAAACGGCGGCUGACGUCGUCGAGAUCUACGAGCAGCUGAAGGACAUGCUGAGUCGAGGUGGAUUCGGUGUGCACAAAUUCUGCUCCAACAGCGCCGAAGUCCUGAAGCACAUCCCGGCCGAGCUCCAGGAGAAGCUGGUAGACUUCGAAACUUCCGAGAUCAACGACACGAUCAAGACGCUUGGGCUGAUCUGGAAUCCGAACUACGACUACUUCACCUUCAACGUUCCACACCUGGUGCUCAAGGGAAGUCGGCCCACAAAGAAGAUCGUGCUCUCGGAAAUUGGAAAGCUCUUUGACCCACUUGGUUUUCUGGGACCGGUGGUAACGAAGGCGAAACUGAUGAUGCAAAAGCUUUGGGAGCUAAAACUUGGUUGGGACACCGAGUUGCCGGACGAACAGAUGCAGCGGUGGUUGGUGUUUCGCGAACAACUCGUGCUUGUGCGGAAUAUCAAGAAGAGGAGAUGCGUCAUCCCGGCUGACGCCAAGAAGUUUGAGCUGCUUGGAUACUGCGACGCCUCGAAGGCGGCGUACGGAGCGGUCUUGUACGUCAAGAGCGAGCUCAAACACGGCACGAUCAACAUUCAACCGGUGUGCAGCAAGUCACGCGUCGCCCCACUGAAAACCACGACGAUCCCUCGACUCGAAGCAUGCGGAAUGGUGGUGCUGGCAGAGCUGACACACAAGACGCUGGGAGCCCUGAACGUGAAGUUCGACAGAGUGCGCCUUUUCUCCGACUCCAUGAUCUGUCUGAACUGGCUGAAAAAGUCCCCGGCGCAACUGAACGAGUUCGUGUGCAACCGAGUGGCCACAAUCGUCGAACUGACCCAGAACUACGAAUGGGGAUUCGUCCGAUCGGAGAACAACCCCGCUGAUUCGUUGUCACGAGGCCUGGACCCCGAGGAACUGAUCGACGACGAGCUUUGGUGGGACUGCGACCCAAACCAGCGACAGCCCAGUGACACCAGCGAAGCCGAGGUUCCUGAACUGGCUGAUGAAGAUCUCCCGGAGCUGCGCAGUGCGAAGGUCGUCCUUGCUGUAACCGUGGAGAAGCCGUGCACCAACUUUAAUCGCCUCAGCAACAUCAACCGACUGUACCGCGCGUGGGCUUACGUGUGGCGGUUUAUUGAGAUCACCCGAUCGAAGAAAAGGAAUCCUCCCAGCAACCCGUUGACGGCGAGUGAGUUGUCCAGGGCAACCACAACCAUCGUCAAGAUCAUCCAGCAGGAGGCAUUCACGGAGGAGAUCAAGCAACUGCGUACGGGACAAGCGAAGCGGAACAAGCUGUCGAGUCUUGCGCCCUUCCUAGACGGCGAUGGCUUGAUUCGAGUUGGCGGGCGAUUGAAGUACUCGAACAUUCCCUACGCCGGCAAGCACCAAAUCCUGUUACCCGAAAAGCACCCGUUCGUCACUCUACUGGUUCGCCACCUGCACGAACUGAACCUGCACGUAGGACAAAACGCACUAGUAUCGAUGAUCCGCCAGCAGUACUGGCCGAUCAAAGUGAAGAACACGGUCAAGCGAGUCACCUUCGACUGUGUCAUCUGCUUCAAGCACAGACCUCCACAAGUACACCAACCGAUGGGUGAGCUGCCAAGCUACCGUGUGACACCCGCGCCAGUGUUUGCUUCGACCGGUGUGGAUUUUGCUGGACCCUUCACACUGCGAGAGAGUGGCAGAAAGCCGAAGUUCUACAAAGCCUACGUAGCAGUGUUUGUGUGUAUGGCGGUCAAGGCGGUGCAUUUGGAGCUGUGCACGGAUCUGCGGACGGAGACGUUCCUGGCAGCACUGCAGAGGUUCACCAGUCGACGAGGCCUCCCAUCGAACCUGCACUCCGACAAUGCCACGACAUUCGUCGGUGCCAAAAACGAGUUGGCCGAACUGCGGGAACUGUUCGAGAACCAGGUGCACAAGGACAAGCUGGCCGACUUCUGCAGUUCGAAAGGCAUCACCUGGCACUUCAUCCCACCCCGUAGCCCUCACUUUGGCGGGAUAUGGGAGGCAGGAGUCAAAGCGAUGAAGUACCUGCUCAAGCGCGUCGUGGGUGAAACACGACUCACCUACGAAGAGAUGACGACAUUCCUGGCCCAGGCUGAAGCAACAAUGAACUCUCGUCCGAUGUGCCCCCUCUCGGACGACCCAAACGAUUUGCAGGCUUUGACGCCCUCCCACUUCCUGAUCGGGCGACCGGCUCACGCCCUUCCAGAGCCCUCGUACGAGCAGGAGAAGAUCGGCAGGUUGUCCAGGUGGCAGCACGUGCAGUACAUGAGGGAGCACUUUUGGAAGAGGUGGUCUGCGUUGCACGUUGCAGCAGCGGCAGAAAUGGAAGGACGGCGUGCUGGACAUCAAAGUCGGAGCCUUGGUGUUACUGCGAGAAGAGAACAUUCCACCCCAGCAGUGGAAGAAGGGCCGCAUCACAGCCACACAUCCCGGCGAGGACGGUGUGGUGCGUGUGGUCACCGUGAAGACGGCGAGCAACGAGUACAAGCGGGCAGUGACCAGGAUCUGCCUGUUUCCGGAUGUUGA